UUUCCCUCCUUGGCAAGAUAAUUUUAGAGACUGAAAAAGCACAAAAUAAAUCUCCUUCCAGACUUGAUUCCUUUGUCAAGGCUUUGGAGGCAGACAAAGACUAUUAUAAGAACGAAGCUCAGCUCCUAAGGAAGAUGAUAAGGAGCAGAUCCAAGAGUCCCCGGCGCCUAUCUCCAUGUUCUAGGGGUGCAAAUUGUGAUAUAGAGCUUAUGAAGACAGCAAGGGAUCGUGAGGAACUUAAAUGCAUGCUGGAAAAAUAUGAGCGUCAUUUAGCAGAAAUUCAGGGCAAUGUCAAAGUUCUUACAUCUGAGAGAGAUAAGACCUAUCUUCUUUAUGAGCAGGCACAGGAAGAAAUCACCCGACUUCGACGAGACAUGAUGAAGAACUGUAAGUCCCCGAAGUCAACCACAGCGCACGCCAUCUUGCGCCGGGUAGAGACGGAGCGUGAUGUGGCCUUCACAGACCUAAGGAGAAUGACCACGGAGAGGGACAGCCUGAGGGAGAGGCUCAAGAUCGCUCAGGAGACGGCGUUUAACGAGAAGGCGCACUUGGAGCAAAGGAUCGAGGAGUUGGAGUGCACGGUCCAUAACCUUGAUGAUGAGCGCAUGGAACAAUUGUCAAAUAUGACUUUGAUGAAGGAUACCAUAACCACGGUAGAAAAAGAAAUGAAAUCACUAGCAAGAAAGGCAAUGGAUACAGAAAGUGAACUUGGCAGACAAAAAGCAGAGAAUAAUUCUUUGAGACUUUUAUAUGAAAACACAGAAAAAGAUCUUUCUGAUACUCAACGACACCUUGCCAAAAAAAAAUAUGAGCUACAGCUUACUCAGGAGAAAAUUAUGUGUUUGGAUGAAAAAGUUGAUAAUUUUACAAGGCAAAGUAUUGCCCAUCGAGAAGAAAUCAGCAUUCUUGGUGCAACACUUAAUGAUUUGGCCAAAGAAAAGGAAUGCCUACAAGCAUGCUUGGAUAAAAAAUCUGAGAAUAUUGCAUCUCUUGGAGAGAGUUUGGCAAUGAAAGAAAAGACCAUUUCAGGCAUGAAGAAUAUCAUUGCUGAGAUGGAACAGGCUUCAAGGCAGUCUACGGAAGCUCUAAUUAUGUGUGAGCAAGACAUUUCCAGAAUGCGUCGGCAACUGGAAGAAACCAAUGAUGAGCUGGCCCAGAUCGCCAGGGAGAGAGAUAUCUUGGCUCAUGAAAAUGAUAAUCUCCAAGAGCAGUUUUCUAAGGCGAAGCAAGAAAACCAGGUACUGGCAAAAAAAUUGAAUGAUACUCACAAUGAACUUAAUGACAUAAAACAGAAGGUCCAAGAUACUAAUAUGGAAGUUAACAAGCUGAAGAAUAUAUUAAAGUCUGAAGAAUCUGAAAACCGUCAAAUGAUAGACCAGCUCCGAAAAGCCAAUGAUGAUGCUGAAAAUUGGGAAAAUAAGGCCCGACAAGCAGAGGCAGAUAAUAACACUCUCAAAUUGGAACUCAUCACUGCAGAAGCAGAGGCAAACAGGCUCAAAGAAAAAGUCGAUGCCCUUAACAGAGAGUUAGAGCAGCACUUAAAUGCCGAAAGGUCCUACAAGUCUCAGAUUGCUACCCUGCACAAGUCUCUUGUGAAGAUGGAGGAUGAGCUACAGAAGGUUCAGUUUGAAAAGGUCUCUGCCCUGGCAGAUCUCUCGUCCACUAGGGAACUCUGUAUUAAACUGGAUUCCAGCAAAGAACUUCUUAGUCGACAGCUGCUUGCUAAAGAUCAAGAAAUAGAAAUGCUGGAGAGUGAGCUAGAUUCUGCUCGUUCUGAAAUAGAACUUCUCAGGAGCCAGAUGACCAAUGAGAGAAUCUCCAUGCAGAAUCUAGAAGCUCUGCUGGUGGCCAACAGGGACAAAGAAUAUCAGUCCCAGAUAGCACUUCAAGAGAAAGAGUCUGAAAUUCAGCUUCUGAAAGAACAUCUCUGUUUGGCAGAAAAUAAAAUGGCCAUCCAGAGUAGAGAUGUUGCCCAGUUUCGAAAUGUUGUAACACAACUAGAAGCUGAUUUGGACAUUACCAAAAGACAGCUAGGGACUGAGCGCUUCGAAAGGGAAAGGGCAGUGCAAGAACUUCGUCGCCAGAAUUAUUCAAGUAAUGCGUAUCAUUUGAGUUCUUCCCUGAAACAGAACACCAAGUGCCACUCGCCAGAGCGUACCCACCACCGAUCUCCUGACCGAGGCCUAGACCGAUCAUUAGAAGAGAAUCUUUGCUAUAGAGAUUUCUGACAUACAAAAGGAUUCUUCACAUCCCUGGGAAAGAUGGAUUUAAUGUUGAUAUUACAUCUCGAACACUACUGUAUUUUACUGACGCUUGUAUUCUUGCCUUUUAAUAAAAAAAAUCAGCCC